AUGUCGAGUCCCAAGGCCUCACCAGCCGCCAAUGAAUUUCGCAGCGACACCUUCACUACACCAACGCCAUCCAUGUUGGCUGCUAUGGCGACCGCAUCUUUCGGAGACGACGUGUACCAAGAAGACCACAUCACCACCAAAUUUCAACGGGAAAUCGCACGAUUGACCGGAAUGGAGGAUGCCCUGUUCAUGCUCUCUGGAACCAUGGGCAAUCAGAUCGGAGUCCGCGUUCAUCUCAACCAACCUCCGCAUUCUGUACUGUGCGACUACCGCGCUCACGUCUACGCCGAGGAAGGGUCUGGUUUAGCGGUGUUGUCUCAAGCUAUGGUGACUCCUGUACACCCGGCUAAUGGCAUAUACCUGACCUUGGACGACGUCAAGAAGUGGACCGUCCUGGGAGAGGAUAUUCAUACGGCGCCGACAAAAGUGAUCAGCCUUGAGGUGACAAUAGGCGGAGUGGUGACCCCCAUGGAAGAAAUAAAGAAGAUUUCUGAAUUUGCGCAUGCCCAUGAUAUCAAAGUUCAUUGCGACGGGGCUCGCUUGUGGAACGCCUCCUCAGCAACUGGUUAUUCUUUGGCUGAUUACUGCCAGCAUUUUGAUACAGUGUCGAUGUGUGUUUCUAAGGGACUAGGUGCACCAAUUGGUGGGGUCCUUGCCAGCACCGCGUCCAACAUCAAGCGGGCUAGAUGGCUAAGGAAACAGCUGGGAGGUGGCAUUCGACAGGCCGGUGUCUUAACGGCUCCAGCUCUGGUGGCACUAGAGGAGGUCUGGCCUACCAUGAAAGAGACACAUGAGAAGACAAAGAAACUGGAGAAAGACCUAGCUGUACUUGGUGUUGUACCUCAAAUUCCGGUCGAUACAAAUUUCUUUUUCAUCGACGCGAAGAGGUCAAACGUGAGUAUGGACAUUUUGUUGGAGCAAUGUUCAAAGUUCAAAGUGAAGCUUAUGGAUGAGCGGAUUUCAUUGCAUCAUCAAAUAAGUGAUGAAGCCAUCGAGAAUCUCAAGACUGCCAUUGCUGAGACGGUGAAAUUGACCAAAGCUUUACCACUGGACUGUGUCCCUAAGGUUCCGGCGGGUGGGUAUGGAAGUACCUCGAAAAUGAAUGAACACAGCUAG